GUGAAACUGGUUUUAAAACAGGAAGUCUUUCAACGUUUUCUCUCUUCAAACGGCAGAAUAUUUCUUCAGAUAUUGUCAAACUUUAGUGAUCACAGCUGAUACUCACUCACAGGAUUAAAGAGAGGAAAAGCAAUGGCAGAAUCUUCAUCAACAUCACCAAAACAAAAACCAACCAGGAGAAACAGUUCAGAAGAUUUACAUCCAUCCAUGUUGUCCUCCAGUAGUGCACUAAAUGAGGAGCUUCAGUGUUCAGUCUGUCUGGAUGUGACUGAUCCAGUCUCAACUCCAUGUGGACACAACUUCUGCAAGACCUGCCUGAAUGAAUGCUGGAAAAACACUCAGAACUGCAGCUGUCCAUUGUGUAAAGAAACAUUCAGCAAAAGACCUGAUCUGAAGAUUAAUACAACACUCAGAGAGCUCGUGCAACACUUUGAGAAGAAGUUUAAUCUGGGUAAAUCUGAAGUUCUCUGUGACUUCUGUGAUGAAAGAAAGCAGAAAGCCGUGAAGUCUUGUCUGAUGUGUCAAAGCUCUUACUGUGAAACUCACCUGGAGCCUCAUCGGAGAGUCCCACGACUAAAGAAACACAAACUGAUGGACGCUGUGGAGAAUCUGGAGGAUUAUAUAUGCCAGAAACACGAGAGACCUCUGGAGCUGUUCUGCAGAGAUGAUCAGACGUGUGUGUGUUUGUCCUGCACUGAAGGAGACCACAAGACUCACAACACUGUUCCUAUAGAGGACGAGAGUGCAGAGAAGAAGAAUCAGCUGGUAAAGACACAGACAGACGUGCAGCAGAUGAUCCAGAACAGAAUGAAGAAGAUUCAAGACAUCCAACACUCUGUAGAGAUGAGAAAGAGAAACACAGAAGAAGAGAAAUCACACAGUGUUGAGGUGUUCACGACUCUGAUCCGCUCCAUUGAGAGAUGUCAGACUGAAGUUGUUGAGAUGUUGGAGGAGAAGCAGAAAGCAGCAGAGAAACAGGCUGAAGAUCUCAUUAAAGAGCUGGAGCAGGAGAUCACUGAGCUAAAGAGGAGAAACUCUGAGCUGGAGCAGAUCUCACACACUGAAGAUCAUCUUCAUCUCCUACAGAUUGACCCGUCCCUGUACAGCCCUAAAAACAGUAAGAACUGGACUGAGAUCAGUAUUGACACUCAUGUGAGUGUGGACACUCUGAAUACAGCUCUGACUCGACUCAAAGACACUCUACAUGAGACUGUAGACCAAAAACUCGGUCAAACUGUAUUGAGGAGGAUGCAGCAGUAUGCAGUGGAUGUGACUCUGGAUCCUGAUACAGCUAAUCCAUAUCUCAUCCUGUCUGAUGAUGGAAAACAAGUGACAUGUGGAGACAUUAGACGAAAACUCCCAGAUAAACCAGAGAGAUUUGAUAGAUGUGCAAUGGUCCUGGGAAAGAAGGGAUUCAGUUCAGGCAGAUUUUAUUUUGAGGUGCAGGUGAAGGGAAAGACUGAGUGGGAUUUAGGAGUGGCCAGAGAAUCCAUUAACAGGAAGGGAAAGAUCAAACUGACUCCAGUGAAUGGAUUCUGGACUGUGAUUCUGAGGAAUGAGAAUGAAUAUAAAGCCUGUGAUGAUCCUCGUGUCUCUCUGUGUUUGAGAAUGAAGCCACAGAAGGUUGGUGUGUUUGUGGAUUAUGAGGAGGGUCUGGUCUCCUUUUAUGAUGUGGAGUCCAGCUCUCAUAUCUACUCUUUCACUGGUCAGUCUUUCACUCAAACACUCUUUCCAUAUUUUUGCCCAUAUUUAAAUCAAAAAGAUAAAAACUCAACUCCACUGAUCAUCACACCUGUCAGUUAUCAUUAAUGAAUUUACACCCCAUAAAUAUAAAAAACUACAUGAACAUUAGAUUUGUACAUUUCUUAAAAGACAAUAUGAGGUAUGGUUGCUAGGGAGAUCUGGAUGGUUGCUAGGGAGAUAUGGAUGGUUGCUAGGGAGAUCUGGAUGGUUGCUAGGGAGAUGUGUAUGGUUGCUAGGGAGAUCUGGAUGGUUGCUAGUGUGUUCUGUGUCAUUUUUAUAUCACCAGAACUUGAAUUUGAAAAAGCCUCUAAAUUCAUGAUCUUCAAAAAUGACUGGGUGUAAUUUGUUGUUAUCGAAAGAUUUUGCUGUUAAUUUUUAAUAUUUGAAAAUAUUUUGUGUAAAUUCACCUAAAAUAAAUUCAGGUUGUGAAAUUCAGUUUUUAUUAAUCAAGUGGUGAAAUUCAGGUGUAAUUAAAAUGUUUGAUGUAUUAAUGUCAUACAGAAAGUUUACACACAAUAACAGAACAAUGUCGACAUUGUGUGAAACGUUCAUUCAGAUCCUUUUUCAGUGAAGCGAAACUUUUCAUUCAGUGUUCAUAUAAUUUUUAAAUAAAACUUUUGACUGUGAUAUGAAGAUGAAAGAAAAAGCUGUUACAUUUUGAUCAUUUUCUAUGUAAUUUUCGGUGUCAGUGUUGUGAUCUUAA